AUGGUGGUCAACUACAUUCGCCGCGUCCUCCGGGGCACGAACCUCGAAGUCUUCAAGUUCGGCCUCUAUCUCUCCUUCCCCAUAGGAUACAUGUACUAUUUCGGCACGAAUCUGGAAGAGCGCUUCUCCGUGCCGGGCUUCUGGCCGACGCAGGACCAGAGCCACAAGAUCCCCUACGAACGAGAUGAAAUCAAGGCCGAGGUCGAGCGCAUCCAGACGGAAAUGAAGGAGCGGGAGAAUGUGCGCCGCCACCGAGCCGAGGACGCUCUCGGCGCGGCCAAGUUGGCGUUCAGGGAACCAGCGAAAGAAAAGCACGAGGGCACGGCAUGA